UCUUUUACAGUCUCCAACUUUGCACACAGUGGCUGCGCCGCCUGCCUGCUUGGUGUUUGAUCCUAACGCCUCACGCUCUUUUGGUAAUCUUGGUUCUAGAGCAGCUGUCCAACGCAGAGUUCGCAGCACUCAAUUCCCACCCUGCUACCUCCUGAACGUCUUCGCAAACAAGGAAGAUGGAGACAAAAUUGAACACCUGCAAUGUACGGUCUCUGCUGCUUAUUUUCCUAGUGUGGCACCCAGCCAGGUUGGUGCUGGCUAACAUCCAAGAAGAUGAGGCUAAAAAUAACAUUACCAUCUUUACAAGAAUUCUAGACAGACUUCUGGAUGGUUACGAUAAUCGGCUUAGACCAGGACUGGGAGACAGCAUUACCGAAGUCUUCACUAACAUCUACGUGACCAGUUUUGGCCCUGUCUCAGAUACAGAUAUGGAAUACACCAUAGAUGUUUUCUUUAGACAAAAAUGGAAAGAUGAGCGUUUAAAAUUUAAAGGUCCUAUGAAUAUCCUUCGACUUAACAAUUUAAUGGCUAGCAAAAUCUGGACUCCAGAUACCUUCUUUCACAAUGGGAAAAAGUCAGUGGCUCAUAACAUGACAAUGCCCAACAAGCUGCUUCGAAUCCAGGAUGAUGGAACACUGCUAUACACCAUGAGGCUUACAGUUCAAGCUGAAUGUCCAAUGCACUUGGAGGAUUUUCCAAUGGAUGCACACUCAUGCCCACUGAAAUUUGGAAGCUAUGCAUACACAACAUCAGAAGUCACUUAUAUUUGGACUUAUAAUGCUUCUGACUCUGUUCAAGUUGCUCCUGAUGGGUCUAGGUUAAAUCAAUAUGAUUUGCUGGGCCAGUCAAUUGGGAAGGAGACUAUUAAAUCCAGCACAGGUGAAUAUACUGUAAUGACAGCUCAUUUCCACUUGAAAAGAAAAAUUGGGUAUUUUGUGAUUCAGACCUAUCUGCCUUGCAUCAUGACUGUCAUUCUCUCCCAAGUGUCGUUCUGGCUUAACAGAGAAUCUGUGCCCGCAAGAACUGUGUUUGGAGUGACAACUGUUCUCACAAUGACGACACUCAGCAUCAGUGCUCGAAAUUCUCUCCCCAAAGUGGCUUAUGCCACUGCCAUGGACUGGUUUAUUGCCGUUUGUUACGCAUUUGUGUUCUCGGCCCUAAUUGAAUUUGCGACCGUGAAUUACUUCACCAAAAGAGGAUGGGCUUGGGAUGGGAAGAGUGUAGUAAAUGACAAGUCCCCUUCAAUAAAAGCUGAAGGCAUUAUAUUCACACACAACUCAGUGAAGGCAAUUCUUCAAGGAGCUAAACUAAUAUGGUCCAAGUAUAUAGCUUUCUCAUGGUCCAGUUUAAGCCAAGCAAAGCCUUUAGAGUACUUACAGAAGCGGAUGGACUGUUUAACCUUCACACACUCUUCUAAAAAAGAGAAAGGUUCCGUCAUGAUACAGAACAAUGCCUAUGCUGUGGCUGUUGCCAACUACGCCCCCAAUCUUUCCAAAGAUCCUGUUCUCUCCACCAUCUCUAAAAGUGCAACGACACCAGAACCCAACAAGAAGCCAGAGAACAAGCCAGCUGAAGCCAAGAAAACCUUCAACAGCGUCAGCAAAAUUGACAGAAUGUCUAGAAUAGUUUUCCCAGUUCUGUUUGGUACAUUUAAUUUAGUUUAUUGGGCUACCUAUUUAAACAGGGAGCCUGUAUUAGGGGUCAGUCCAUGAGUCUAGACAUUGGUUACCUUUUGGCUAUAGCAACAUUACACUUGGUUUAUUUUGCUAUGUACAGUCUUACUAAUAACUGCUAAUUUAUGUCCCAAUAUGUACAGUAUGUAUAUAGUGGUAGAGCUUACCAGUAGACCUCUAAAGGGGACCUGCAUUUGCUAACUCAUGGAAAUACAGGCAGAAAACAUCCCUUGCCAAGAGCCAUUGCCUUUUAAAAAGAUUUACCUGAGGACCUAGUUUAAAGUGGAUUUCAGAUCACGAAUUUAUUUCCUAGUGUUCUAAUUAUGAUGAAAGUUGAGAAUCCUCUGUCACCCUUUGCAAAACCUUUGAUUUAGAUAUUACACUAAAAAAAGUCUACUGUUACCUAAGGAUGAUCAGAAUUUAACAUUGUUUCUCAAAUAUGAGUUCUGCAUAUCUGAAUAUCUGAAAGUCUAAUCUGCUCCCUCCAGCAGAGUUCAGAAGCCCUGCUAGUGUAAUGGGAAGCUUGACACACAUAUGGAGAAGCUAGAGAUGUGAAAACAGCCUUUAAUUACUAUGUAGACUAUCUAUAGCCAUGUACAUAUUACAAGCAUGACAAGCUCAAAUAGCUAUGAGUCACCAUGACAGGAUGUUGAUUAUGCUUACAUUUAAGAACUAUUGGAAUGUCACGGUCAUUCUAUUUUUAGCUUGAGAGUUUAUUUGAAUGUGGUAAGUGAAUCUUACAGCUCACUACAAUCAUUGGGAACUACCUAACAGUAUAAAAAUGAAGAUAAAUGGACUUAGUUUUCGAGGCACAUGUUGUCAGCUGACUUUUUCUGGUGCUGGAGAGUGGAAGAAAGCAGCCAUCUUGACUGCAGUGGAACAAAGUUCAUUCAUGUCAGACUAGAAAGCUGUGCCAAAAACUCCAAGCGAUGAGAAUUCAUAGGUGUCCUAGGUACAGAUGAGCACUUAUAUGAUUCUCUUCUUUCCUGUUUACUGCAAAUUCUGCCUUAAGGCUUCUUCUCAUCAGGAAUCAGAAGCCACUAAUUAUAAAGGAAAGGGCAGUUAGUUGGCACAUUUUUCUGUCUGGAAAGCAGCUCUUUCAGGUAAGAAUUAAUAUAAAUCUGCUUUUGUAAAUUGCAACUUUAAAUUUCAUUGACUCGAAUUUACAGCAGCUUUGUAUACCAGAAGAGGUUUUGGUAAGAGUUGAACAUUUUUAAACCACAACUUUAAAAUAUCAUUGACAGAUUAUGGAUUAUGUCACAUACACACACACACACACACACACACACACACACACACACACACACACACACACCAUGUAGC